AUGGCAUUGAAUAUAACAGGUGCAGGUGCCAUACCACCAAUAUUUCCAAUUACAGAUGAAGACCACGGUGGUUACGUUGCUGUCUCUGUCUACACGCUCCUGGCUUUGAGUGUGUUCGUGGUCGCAACACGAUUAUCAGCGAGAUAUUACAUAGGAAAUGUGGUGCAGAUUGAUGAUUAUCUACUUGGAGUUGGCACAAUAAUAGCCAUACUGCAAAGUGUGUUUGUGCAAUUAGCGAUCACCCAUGGCCUGGGGAAAAGACAAGAUAUUGUGUCUACCGAAGAUUUGAGUCUUUUCGAAAAGUACAUAUAUGUUGCCCAAAUCCUGAUGAUAGCCACUAUCGCACUCAGCAAGCUUUCCAUCGGCCUUCUUUUCCAAAGUUUGAUGGAUAUAGGCAUCGCUCGCUGGGCAAAUUUGGGCUUGAAUAGUGCAGUUAUUAUGUGGGCCGUUGCAUCGAUAGCCGUUCUCGCUGCUCGCUGCUCAUCGCCCCAUCCCUGGAGCUUCGUGGAUGGCAAAUGUGAUUACCAGGGGGUCAUGUUUCGAGCAAUCGGUGCAUUCAAUAUCAUUACCGACGUGGUGUUAGUUUUCUUGUCGUGCGCCGUUCUAUGGACCGUGCAAGUAUCGAUGGGCAAGAGGUUGCGAAUCAUCAGCUUGCUCGCGAUCCGGCUUGUCGUCGUAAUCGCUGUCGCCUUUCAAAUACACUACUACAUCAUUCUCACAGAGUCCACGGAUAAAACAUGGGCACAGAUGAAUGCAAGCAUUUGGGAUCAAGCCGUGUUGAAUCUAAGCAUAAUUGCAACCUCAGUCCCAUCCUUGGGCCGUCUCGCCCAUGAACUACAACCAAACGUCAACGCGUUCGCAAUCACCGAGAACCACGGUCUUCGAUCUCGCGACAAAUACACAAUCUCGUCGCUAGCAAACCAUUAUCCUCGUGAAACAGCCGAGCAGAAUAUGCUAGGCACGCAUACUUCCAUUCAUGGAAGUGUCGAUGGUGACACGGAGAGUAUGGAAGGACUUGUUAGAGAUGGGAUUCAGCAAAACGUUUUUAUACAGAGGACUGUAGAGCUCAAAGUUGAGUAG